AUGAACGCGAGCGCCGCGGGGAGCCACGGCCUGACAUUGGCGAAUGGCAGCACUACCGGCGUGCUCUUUCUAAUGGGAGCCCAAGACGCUGCGCCGCCAGGCGGCCAGAGCAGGAGUGCCCCUCCGCAGGGACGUGAAGAGGUCAAGAGGGAGGCGUCGGACGACGAGCUGCCGCCGACCAAGAGACUGCGGAUGAGCUCGUCCAGGCCGAGCAGCAGGACGAGUUCGCAGGCCCGGAGAGACACGUUGCGGACGAAGUUGCGUUCGCAGCUGCUUCCACAUAUAAUACGUGCUGUUGGUGAAUUGCCAGCCGCUGAGCUAAAACUUGAUGCCAUUGCCAUCCAGGCUGCGACGAUACUGGUUAAAGACCCCGAGUUUCGCUCCACGCUUGGUGAUGACAGUGGCUUGCUCACACCUGUUGCUGAGAUCUCAACGGCGCAACGAGCUGCCGAGGUGGUUCGCCAACUUUCUUUGUUACCUCAAUAUCGCCUUACUACCCAAGAUGGACCGGUGGUCAUCAAGGAAGAACAGGUGGCAUCGCAGGUGAUUGAUGCAGUCCCUACAGUCCCUACAUCGCCUUUAGUUCCUUCAGUCUCUGAAGUAACACCGGUCCCUGAACUGCCGAAUCGAACCAACCGCCCCUUGCGCAAGCCCUACCAGCCGCGCAUUAGAAGGGAAACAUCACCACGACUUGCCCCUCAAUGGACACAACUGACAAGCCGGCCAUACCUCUCAGCGAUAGAUCGCGAUGCUAUUCAGCAAGGAAGCAAGCUUGCCUUUGCAAAAGCUAGAUCCCUUCGCGAUGGACCUGCAAUAUACCAUGUCGACUUCUCAGCUGCCGAGAUUGCGAAAAUGGUGGACGAGAUGAACCCUUAUGUACAGAUGGCUAUUCCCCGAACUACCGCUGCGCUACGGCAACUGUGUAUUGAAUACCCCGUGUCCUCGCUCAUGGACGGAAGGCUGCCUGGGCGUAUGGAGCAAGAUGUGCGCAACUUCUGCUCUGAUCUAAUGGCUGACAGAGCUGCCGAGGGCAAGAGUGCCAAGAUUCUAUCCCUUCGCCGAGAACCUACACCGCAGCACAAGGAGCAUCGACGGGAGACUACAGUGUCAUCGUUGCUGUUUGCUCGAGAGCUCGAGGGCAAUGCGGGCAUGGGCCGAACAAGGCGAUAUGUCAAUUUUCAGUCCACAUUUAAGCAGACGCAUGAAGACGCCAUGAGCCUGGCUGCCGAGUUUACCAACUGUGCUGGCGACAUUUCAACUAUGACUUGGGUCCCACAUCAGAAUAUUCUCUGCGGCACAACAGCGCACUCGGAUGCGCACAACCAGCAAUAUAAUAAGCCGGGCAACUUGCUACUUUGCUCGAUAUCACGCGGCAUGUUGCGCGCGUUUCCUGAUCACCGGAUCCCUCGACCACUCGUCACCAAAGGAGAGAAUUCUUCCGUGGCGAUGCGGCAGAGCCAAGACCCCUGGAUCUACUCCUCGGUGGUGUCUUCAGACUAUGAUAAGAUACAUGGUCUUGCUUACACAUCGAGUUUCGACAAGACGAUCAAGGCGUGGAAGGUAGACAGGGAUGGUGGCUCCAUGCAAGCCGUCGCGACGUUUCAACAUACCGGCAAUGUCAAUUUUGUUGUUGUGGCCAAGGAUGGCUCUGGACGCGUGGCCGCAGCCGCGGACACGAAGACGGAAGUAAUCCGGAUUUACACCAUGGACCCGAACAACAUUGCCGAGAGCUCCUACUAUACGAUAUCUUGCUCACGGAACGAUGCUGAUGACUCUGAUACAUGGGCGUACUGUCCUGCCACGGUACAGUGGGGAAUCGCGCCCGGCACUCAGCAUCUCCUUCUGAUCGGCUAUUCACCUCGCAGCUUCAGCGGUGACGAGCAGGAUAUUCCCAACGAUAAGCAGCAGACCGGCGAGAUCAUGCUGUGGGAUGCGCACAGGCGCUGUCGGGUGCAAGUGAUGACGGCAACAACGGCCAACGUCUUCGAGGUGGCGUGGCACCCGACUGUCUGCGGCUUCGUUGUGGGCACAUCACCCGUCGGCCUCCACGUUGAUCACGGCGUGCGCACCCAGGUGCAUGUCUUUAGACAAGACAUGGCGCAGCACCGCGAAGGAGAGUACAGCGAGUUCCAGAAGCUCGACUGCUUCGCGUCGGAUAUCAACGAGCUCACCAUUGUCUCCAAUUCCAUGCAGAGCGCCUACGUCACAGCCGCGUGCACCGACGGCAAGGUGUACGUGUGGGACGUGUCGCAGGGCGACAAGCCGAUUCACGUCCUCAAGCACGGCAGCCCGCUGGAGGAGGUCUUGCGACCUGAAGAUCGAGAGCGCGAGGACACUGGUGUCAAGUUCACAACCUGGGGCAGCGAUCUAUCCAGGCUGUACACCGGCUCCAGCGACGGCGUGGUCAAGGUGUGGAAUAUUCGCAACAGACGUAAGCCGUUUGUUCGCGACCUGCUGCGCGCCCCUGGCCCCAUCUCAUGCGGCAGCUUCUCGCCAGACCACAGCAAGCUCGCCAUUGGCGACGCCACGGGCCGCUUGUUUCUCUUCUCCGUGACCAAGGACGAGAAGCUCGAGGAACAAUUCACCAUGGUGCUGCCCGGCACGAACCGACGAAUCCGCCGCCCCAAGCCCUUUACGCCGCACGCCGAGCCGCCCCCCCCCGCGCCCGCGCACGACCCAGACGCAUUGGCACUCACAGACGCCGCGGCCGCCGACGAGGACGAGGACGUGGAUGCGGCGACGUUUGCGCGCCGGAAGUACCUCGACACGCAGCAGGUGACGCUCCACCACAACCCCGUCAUUGGCGCCGUGCAGGGCUCGCAGUACGCCGCGUCGGGCCUCUUCCUGCGGGACGCGCACCUCGACGACGACCCGGCCGCGCCGCUCGUCACAAAGUACGAGCGCCUGCAGCAGGAGAGCCGGCACAGCGUGCUCGGCGGCGCGGCGAGUCACAGAAGGCGCUCCAUGCGGCGACUGGCUCCCGCGGCGGUGGACGACGCGACGGAGCAGCUGCACCGGAAUAAUGUCGCGCUGGACUUUGACGCGACGACGCUGGCGGAGACGGAUCUGGAGGAGCUGGUGCGCGCGGGGGCAUUGCUGGAUAUUGGCGACGAGGGUGAAGACUGGGGCUUCACGUAUGAGGACUCACCAAUGGCGGAUGACGACGAUGAGGAGGAGGAGUCGUUGGCAUGGAACGCGGAAACGGAGUUUUGA